CUCGCACUCUAUUACACCACGCUUAGUCAAAGUCUCCGUCAAACACAAGCUCACCAACACACACCUGUCGCGCCCUUGCCCGUCAAUGGCGGCAACAAAGCCCGGUCGCCUGAGGCAGGAGACGUCGCAGCGAGCAUGGGGACGCCGUGGGACAGCUCCUCGAGCAGCCUGUGGGCCGCCCUGGGGCAGGCCUCCAGCGUGGCGCAGCUGGUCGGUGUGGAUGCGCUCGGGCUGGUCUCCAUGGUGGUGCAGGCCGCGCUGGCGGCGCGCCGCCACCGGGACGCCUGCGUGCGCCUCGCGCAGCACGUGGAGCUCGUCGGCGUCCUUCUCAGGGAGCUGGAGCUCGCCGAGCUGAUGCGGCGGGAGGCCACCAGGCGGCCGCUGGAGCAGCUCGGAACCGCGCUUCGGCGGUGCUAUGCUCUCGCCACGGCGUGCCAGGACUGCGGCUACCUCCGCCGCCUGCUCCUGGGCGCACGGAUGGCCGACGAGCUCCGCGCCGCGCAGCACGAGAUCGACAUGUUCGUCCGCCUCAUCCCGCUCAUCGCCCUCGUCGACAAUUCGACAAACAGUCGGCGUGCCAUGCAGGUCGAGGAGGGGGUGCUCAGUGUAGUCACAGAUAGUUCAAAUCAUCACGUCAGGUUUCCAACAAGGGCUUUGGAGUUUACCAAAAUACGUGUCCAGGGAGCUACAGAACUUCUCAAUGUUCAAGAACAGCCAUUUGUAGGAAAAGUGGACCUGCAAGAACAGAAAAUGUCCAACAUUGAAGAGCUUGCAGAGCUCUGUGCCCAUAUAGAAGCGGCUUGCACGGGAUUUGCAAAGUUCAACUUCUUUCAGAUCGUGGAUGCUACAAACAAUUUCUCAGAAAAAGGAAUAAUUGGGCGCGGUGGAUUUGGUACGGUUUACAAGUGUCAGUUGUCCGAUGGAAUUACAGUUGCCAUCAAGAGAGCUGCUGAGCAUGCAACAGUCAGCAGUGAAUUGCAGCUUGCGAAGCUUCAUCAUACUAAUCUGAUUAGGCUACUUGGGUGGUGCAUCCAUGGGAAAGAAAGAAUCCUAGUGUAUGAGUUCAUGCAAAAUGGUUCCUUGGAUCGUUACAUAUGUGACAGAACAAAAGGGUCGUUGCUAGACUGGUCUAAGCGACUCAAGAUAAUCAAAGCGCUAACAGAUGGGCUAGUUUACUUGCACCAAGGCUCCAAAUUAUGGAUUGUCCAUAUGGAUUUGAAACCAAAUAAUAUCCUCUUGGACUAUAACAUGAUCCCGAAAAUUGGUGAUUUUGGAUCAGCUAAGGCACUGAGUUCAGACGUAGCAGAAGAGCGUACACGCAGGGUCGUGGGCACUUGUGGUUACAAAGCUCCGGAGUAUGCAUCUCGAGGGGUUUACUCAAUGAAAACAGAUGUGUUCAGCUUUGGCGUCCUGGUUCUGGCGAUCAUUAGCGGACGGAAGAAUACCAUACUCGACAAACUAGGGGAUACUGUUGGUGACCUUGUACGCGACGCCUGGCAUAUGUGGAAGGACCAAAGGUUGCAUGAGCUCGUCGAUCCGUCUCUAGGGAACGAAUAUGAAAUCGCUGAGAUAAAGCGAUGUGCUCAGGUGGCACUGCUUUGUGCCCAGGAAGAUCCAGCAGAUCGGCCCACCAUGACCGAUGUUGCUGCCAUGCUGAACUCUGAAAGCAUGAGCUUCUCAAUGGAGCCUAAGCAGCCUACAGUGCUGAGCAAAGGAAGUGACCGUGAAAGCACGGCAUCUACAUUUAUGGGCCAAUCAAGCAGGACAAUAGACAUAACCAUCACGAGCUCAACUCCCAUAUCGACUAGAGUUCGAAUCAUUCUGGACCCGAAGGUUUGAUAUGAAGAAAAUAAUUCAAUGGUAAUAAGUGUUAGAUGUGUACAGUCCCCGUUUUGAUAUAUCUCCAUUGUGUAAGGGGUUUUCUGCAUUUUACCUUACAUGUACAUAUAUUGGCCUUUGACCCUUUGUGAAAGGCAGUUGCUAAUUCUCUAAGAGCAUCACUAGUAGCACCUUCAAACCCUCAAACCAUUUUUAAGGGUUGAGAAUUUGCAUUUUUUGGCACUUUUAAGGAUUGAAAAACAGGGACAAUGACUAGAACCCUCAAACCCAACCCUUAUUACAAAAACAGGGGCAAAAACAUGAAAGUUAAGAGUAUAUGAUAUAUCUGGACCCUUGAUCUCAUUAUUUAGUGAUCUGAUUAACUCUUACCUUCUUGUACCUCACAUAUAAAAGGAGGUGGUAAGAGGGAACAUUCUAAAAUUUGUCAAUGAUGACAUCAUGUAUCUACAUAUAUAGUUGACAUGUGAAUAAGGGCCAUGGGCAUUCGUCGUCCAGGAUAGCAGACCAAUUCCA